AUGUGCAUUGAGAUCGGUGUGAUCUAAAUUCUGUGAAGCGCCGAAAUGAAGGUUUGCUUUCACAGAAAAGAGGACACUUGUUGCACUUCCUUCCUACCACUCUGCACCAGCGGCCCACUGGCUGGAGAGAUGUGUUCUGUGGUCUGCGGCCAUAGUUUGCACUUCGUAAGCGUCGCUUACAGACUGCAGCUCUUCUGACGGCUCUCUACCAUCAUGGACCAGCCGACGCAGUUGUGUUGCGUUCUUCUGCUGCCGUUGUGCUUGUGUUUGGAUGCUGAAGUGAGUGAAUUUAAAACCAUCGGGAGAGGACCUGACGUCACUCCCAUCUGCAGCAAUGCAACAGAGAUCAUAACGCUCAUAGUGUGUAAGAUCAGAACUAACAGGACUGGAGCAGAGUGUCGUCUGCUGUAUCGAUACGGAGGAGACUUUGAGCACGAAUGUGACUCCAGGUUCACUCUUAAGAUGGAGAAUCAGACCGUGUUUCUCCACCUGACUGGUCUCACACCAGUGGACAGUGGGAACUACACCUGUGAGUGUUCACGUGUGGGCGAGACCGUUACCCUCCAUCUGAAUAUCACCGUGGAAGGGGAAGAAGAGAGAGAGAGCGGCGUGACGUCACACACGCGGCUUCUAAACGCGUUGAUCGGUGCAACAACAGUCAUCUGUAUAACUGCAGUUAUCUUUGGGUUGAUCUACAGGGGAAAACGUCACAGGUCGCGGUCAUCUGUACGUGAGACUCACGACUCUGUUGAAGACGACCCAGAUGACCCGUAUACGAGCCUCCAGCAACCAGCCGCUGACCUUUACCAGACGAUCUCCCACUCAAGAGGCUCUAAAGACCAGGAAGUAGACGGAGGAGACUCUGAUCAAAGUUGCCAGGACACUUAUGAAAAUAUGACUCCGUAAGCAGCACGAGGACUAUGACUUGUGUUUGUACUUAAUCAUGAUUUCUUGCAAUAAGAUGUGAUUUAAGUAGAUGUUGAAUGAGCUGAAGGUCCUUUUGAAUCACAUUUCAUUCUCUCAUACUAUUUCAUUUUGAACAUUCACACAUUCACACACCUUGUUAUGAGUUGGGGCCUUUCUGAUUGUUACAAUAAAAGUUUUAAAAUAAUCUA